CAUCGCCAACCAACAUUGACAGUUGAUCGCGCCCCUUCCCUCUCAUCAUGCCGCUCAUAGUAUUGACCGGCUACCCCUGCUCCGGCCUCACCUACCGCGCCCACCAACUCGCAACGCAGCUCGAAGAGACCCAAACCGAGCUCUUCAACACCGGCGCUCUCCCCUCCUCGAAACCCCGCUACAAGAUCCACGUUGUGCCUACUCAUGAUCCCUCCCAUCCGCGAACCGUUUACGACCAUGCCCGCACAGAAAAGGAGACACGGGGCGUGGCAUAUGCGCGGGCGAAGCGCGCCCUCGGCAAGGACAGCUUCGUGAUUCUCGACGGAAUGAACUACAUCAAAGGAUACCGUUAUCAGCUGUGGUGUGAGGCGAAGGCACUGGGAACAACAUGUUGCGUGGUCCACGUCGGCACACCCAUCGACCAAUGCGUCGCAAACAACGAGGCUCGACUCCGCCGUCAACAAGGCACAGACAAUAGUAACGAGGACAACUCCAAUCCUAACGCCGAAGCGACACCAUCCACCACCGAACCCACCUCCGACCAAGAAGACCCCUACCCCCCGGAACUCCUCAACAACCUCAUCUUCCGCUACGAAGAACCCAGCAUCCACAGCCGCUGGGACAAGCCCCUCUUCACCGUCCCCUGGACCGACGCAUCCCCCCCAAUCGCCGAAAUCUGGACAGCCCUAACCGGCAUCCCGCACCCUUCGGCAACAACAACCCCCGAGCCCGCCUCCAUCUCAAACCUCACCUCAGCCCUCAAUACCACCUCUCUCUCCUCAGCAGCAAGCACCACGACCACAACAGCUAACCCCUCCACAUUCCGCACCAACCGUCCCAAAAUCAAACCCCACCAAGCAACCGCCCUCCCCGCCGCCACAGACUCCACAGCCCUCUACAACAUGGAAAAGCGCACCUCAGCCAUCGUCUCCGCCAUCCGCACCUUCACGCUCUCCAACCCCUCCGCUGAAGCCGCCCUCGCGCAGAGCCAAGACGGCAGCAGCAGCAGCAGUGGACGGGGAAUAACCAUCCCCGUCCCGGAGGCGUCCACGCCCGUUUAUGUUCCGGCGCAUGUGGCGACGUCCGGCACGACGGAUGAAUUAGCCGGCGCGGGCGGCAUCCUGGCGCUGCCGAGACUGCAGCGGUUGAGGAGGCAGUGGAUUGCGUUGAAUCGGGCGUAUGUGCAGGGGGCGCAUGCGUCGAGUAAGGGCGGGUUGAGUGCGGAGCAGGUUCCUGAUGCGUUUGUGAGGUUUUUGAAUGCGGAGUUUGGGGCGGAGAGUGACUAGAUAACGCCCUAUUUUCUUAGUUUUGAAUUUUACUGGUGUGGUUUGUUUGUGAUGAGGGGUUGGGUGUAUACGCCCUCUUCUCUCGUCAAGGCGAGUCGUUGGUUAGGGAGGGGCUUAUAUUCAGUGGUGUGAUAGAGACGGGCGGGAAAAGUUUUGAUAGAAGCGUGUGUUUUGGAAGUAUUUAGAGAGCGUUUUUUUCGUUAUGGGUUACUUUAAUGCCUG